UCUGCCCGGAAUUCCCACUUAUUAUCUGCUUUGUUACUUCGGCACAUACACUCUGUCUGGAUCGGGAGCUGGAAGCGGACUCCUGUCCGGCUGUUCGAUGUUGCUGUGGACCAAAGUGAUGCUGUACACCGAGCUCAAAUCCAGGGUCGAUAUUUUCCAACAUCUUCACAAUCUAUCACUUAGGUGGCAUCUUGGUAGGAAAACAGGAGAAGUUCUGGGGGUGAUUGACAGGGGCAAGUCGGGUCUAUCACUGCUGCUGAACUAUCUACUGUUCAACAUUGUUCCCGGGUUCGUGGACAUAGUGGUGGCGAUAGUGUACUUUGCAGUCGCCUUCAAUAUCAAGUUCGGCCUUAUUGUAUCGACAUGUCUAGUCACUUAUAUUGUUGCUACUGUUCUCAUUUCUAAUUGGCUCAUCCAAUUCAGAAGGCAGAUGAAUAAGUUGGACAAUCAAAGCAGGACAAUGGCUGUGGAUUCGCUGAUCAACUUCGAGACGGUUAAGUACCACGGAAUGGAGCAGUUCGAAGUUGACAGGUAUAGAAUGUCCAUGAAUGCAUACCAGAAGGUCCGGUGGAAGAUGUUCGCGUCUCUUCAGCUGCUCAACCUAAUCCAGAUCAUCAUCCUAAACUGCAGCCUCUUAGCAGGUGGAUUCCUAUGCGCGUAUUAUGUGGUCCAUGAGCAGCAAAAUGUGGGCAGUUUUGUGCUCUACACGAGCUAUGUGAUCCAGGUGUAUGGACCUCUGAGUGACCUUGGAUUGAACUACAGACAAAUCCAACAGACGUUCAUUGACCUCGAGAACCUGCUUGACCUAUUCCGAGUGGAGGUGGAGGUCAAGGACACCAAAGGGGCAAUGGCCUUGAACAUCAGCAAUGGCGGGGGAGUAGGAGGAGGCGAGAUAGUGUUUGAUCGAGUGUGCUUCCACUACCGACCGGACAGACCUCUUUUGAAAGACAUAUCAUUCAAGGUGUCAUCUGGCCAGACAGUGGCGGUAGUGGGCCCGUCUGGGUCUGGGAAGAGCACUUUGAUCCGGCUGUUAUUCCGCUUCUACGACAUACAAGGGGGGAGCAUCUCCAUAGACGGGCAGGACAUCUCAACUGUCUCUCAACAGAGUCUCCGCAAGAUCAUCGGAGGUCCCCAGGACACCGUGCUUUUUAGUGAGACCAUCCGAUAUAAUCGCUACGGAAAAAUUGACGCUACUGACGAGGAGAUCAAGAAGGCGGCCACGAGAGCAGACAUCCACGAGAAAAUCCUGUCAUUCCCGGACGGGUACGAGAACCGAGUGGGGGAGAGGGGACUGAAGCUGAGUGGGGGAGAGAAGCAGCGGGUGGCCAUUGCCAGGACUGUCCUCAAGGCUCCCAAAAUCAUCUUGUUGGAUGAGGCAACUUCUUCCCUGGACACACAGACCGAGAGGAACAUCCAGAGUGCACUUGAUGACGUCAGCAAAGACAGGACUACUCUGGUAGUGGCCCACAGACUGUCCACUGUGGUCAAUGCGGACAUGAUCAUGGUCCUCAAGGAUGGGGUCAUAGUCGAGAGAGGGACUCACCAGGAGCUCAUAGGCACUACUGGAAGUGUCUAUUCUGAGAUGUGGAACCAACAAGCUAGCGCUGACGAGGACCAGAAACUGUGAACACUGUGAACUAAUUUUAAUCGUUGAAAGAAAACCUAGCGAAUCUUG